AUGGAUUUGAAGCUUGCAACAGCUACGAACGAACAGUCAGAAUCAAAGCAAGCUCAGAAUCAGAAUUCUUGCUGUAAUCGGACAGGCCAAGAACGCGUGCAGACAGACAGUCCGACGAUGCUGCGCCAGUUGAAUACUAUCGCGAGAAGAUUCUCAUCCUCACUAACACCAGCGGCCGCGCAAGAAAGCAAUGAAACAAGUUUGCUUCCGGAUGUGUUAUCUACACGCCUGGCUACCGCAAUUGGCAAGCAGAUUAAUGAAGAGCACACGCUUAGCUACACUUACCGUUCUAUGUCGUACCAUUUUGCCAGCUCUAGCGUUGGUCUACUGGGAUUGGCAGCAUUCUAUCGCAAAUGGUCCUCCGAAGAACUGCAGCAUGGUGAACGAUUAGCCGAUUUCUUGGUCCUACGAAAUUCGGAUGUGAUACUGGCGGGAAUCUCCAAGCCGGUGCAACGAUGCUGGGCUGAUGACAUUGGGUGUACGAUACAGCAGACGAUCGCCUUCGAAACGAAAACUGCCAUUUCGUUGUCCCAGCUUUAUCGCGUUGCCCAACUCGAGCAGGAUGUGGUCUUAAUGGAUCUGCUGACGGUUCACUUUAUGCGCGAACAAUGUUCCGCUCUGCGCACCCUUCACCUGUUGGAGGCCCAAUGGCACCAGUUGCGAACCGCUCCUGGUGGAAUUUACUUUUUCGACAAAAUUGCACAAACCAUGUCCGCCAGCGGGGCUAGUGAUCAAUAA